AUUAAUAUUUUUUAAUAAAAGUUUCAAAUUAUGAAAUUUAGUCAUUGGAUGUCAUUAAAAUGAUGAAUUUUCAUUGGACACUUGUGUAAAGUUGGCUUACACUAAAAGUGCAAUCCUAAUAAACUCAUUCUUUUUCAAAAGGGAAAGAAAACGAACAUAGACAAAAAAGCAGUCAGGUACGAGAUUCUUAAAACAACUAAGUGAACAAACACAACAAAACCGGUGAGAUACAAGGUUGUUUGCUUUUUCUGAGGGAUACAAGUUAAUCAAUUAAUAAAUCAAUACUAGUAGUACCAAAUUAAAGACUAAUAAGAAAAGGAAAAAGAUAGCAGGGUAAGUGAAGAAACAGACAAAACAAUCACAAACCAAUGGUAAGGAAUGAAAGUGGUUAACGAAAAAUGCCAAAUAACAUGUCAGCAUAAUGCAAGUGUUCCACGUGUCCAUCAUAUAUGUCUAAAUGGGACCCACCAUUAUCAUCCUGCACUAAUGGUGCGUGUUAUAAAUUUCAUGUAGAAAUUGGAAGCUGUGGUUGUUAUUAUUACCACCAUCUUCAAACCAAACCUUGAAUUGAUUUCUUUCUGACAACAAUGCCAGGAAUCACAGGCCCUUCAGAUUAUUCCAAAGAACCUAUUCGCCACAACUCUCUUCAAAUUAACUCCAAGGAACCUUUCAAUGCUGAGCCACAACGUUCUGCCUUGAUUUCAUCCUAUUUGACUCCUGCAGAUUUGUUCUACAAGAGAAAUCAUGGCCCGAUACCGAUAGUCGAUGACAUAGAAAAAUAUAGUGUAUCCAUAUCUGGCUUGAUAGAAAAUCCCAAACAGCUUUUUAUGGAAGAUAUCAGGAAACUUCCCAAGUACAAUGUCACUUCCACACUACAGUGUGCAGGAAAUAGAAGGACUGCUAUGAGCAAAACUAAAACAGUUAAGGGUGUUGGAUGGGGUGUUUCUGCUAUUGGGAAUGCGGUUUGGGGUGGUGCCAAAUUGACUGAUGUUCUUGAACUUGUUGGAAUACCGAAGUUGACGAAUACAACUAAAUAUGGAGGAAAAUAUGUUGAAUUUGUAAGCAUUGAUCAGUGUAAGGAGGAAAAUGGAGGACCAUACAAGGCAUCAAUUACACUCAGCCAGGCUACAAAUCCUGAAGCAGAUGUUUUACUUGCUUAUGAGAUGAAUGGAGAACCUCUUAACAGGGAUCAUGGUUUUCCAUUACGCGUGGUUGUUCCGGGUGUCAUUGGAGCCCGGUCUGUUAAAUGGCUGGAAGCUAUCAAUAUCAUAGCAGAAGAAUGCCAGGGCUUUUUCGUGCAAAAAGACUACAAAAUGUUUCCUCCGUCUGUAAAUUGGGAAAAUAUCAAUUGGUCAUCGAGGCGACCUCAAAUGGAUUUCCCUGUUCAGUGUGUUAUAUGUUCUCUAGAAGACACGACCACGAUAACACCGGGAAAGGUGAGUAUUAGUGGAUAUGCAGCAUCAGGUGGUGGCAGAGGCAUUGAAAGAGUGGAUGUGUCCGUUGAUGGAGGGAAAACUUGGAUGGAAGCGUCGAGGUUUCAAAAAAGUGACAUUCCUUACACAGCAGAUGAUGAUGGAAACUGUGACAAAUGGGCUUGGGUGCUAUUUGAGGUCACAGCUGAAAUUCAACAAAGCACGGAGAUUAUCGCAAAAGCGGUAGAUUCAGCAGGAAAUGUUCAACCCGAAAAAGUUGAAGACGUUUGGAACUUGAGAGGGAUAUUAAACACUUCAUGGCAUCGGAUACAAGUUCAUGUGAAUGAUUCUAACUCUUAAAAAAAAUUACAAAUGUUUUAGAAGUAUAUACUUUUACGACAUAUUUUAUCUGAAAGUUCACUUUAACAUGUUUUUUUUUUCUUCUUUUAAAUAAAUGUAUACAUCUGAGAUAAUGUUGAGGGUGAAGAAAUGUUCUCUAAAUAAUAUUUCAAGGAUAUCAGCAGUUAUCAUCA